AUGAGAAUGAGAUUUAUUGCUGAUUUAAGAAGAGAAAUAAAGAGUUUUGAAAACACAACAAUGUUAUAUGAGAAACUUGAAGAAUAUAACAGUGCCUUUGAAAAAAACAUGGAAGAGCUUGAAGAGCCUAAAAAGCCAGAAGAUCCAAAAAGUUCUGCCCUGUCAACAACAGACGAAACCCCCAAAAAAAGUAGAGGACAAUAUCAAAUACCUAUGGAUAAAGAUCUAAAAAAGCUACUUUAUCUCUACUUCAUAAGAGGAUUAACUAUCAAAAAAGUCAGCAAGAUAGUAAAUAUGAAACAAACAACUGCUGAUGGCUAUAUUUUGAAGUAG